AUGGCCAAUGAUGUCCUAACUGAAUUAGUGAACCGUGUGAUCAGCAACCAGUACUUUGCUCUCCAGCUGGACGAAUCCACAGAUGUGGCAGGCUUAGCUCAACUUUUGGUGUACGUGUGGUACAUUUACGAAGGUGCAAUACAGGAGGACAUUUUGUUUUGCCAGCCGCUGCCUACCAGAACAACAGCACUGAUAGAUAUCACUUGUACAGUACUGCUGCUGAAUCCAGACUUAACCACAGCUUGGAAUGUCAGGAAAGAGCUGAUUCAGUGUGGGGCGUUAAGUCCAGAGAAAGAUUUGUUUUUGGGUAAACUUACUCUAACUAAGUUUCCAAAAAGCCCAGAGACAUGGAUUCACAGGCGCUGGGUCUUGCAGAGUUUAAUCCAGGGAUGCUGCUCCAGUAAGGCAUGUAAGGAGAGUGGAGCAGUGGACAUGAUGGCAGCACAGACAGAAAGACUACAGCCAAUACUACAGGAGGAGAUGAAGGCCUGCUCUGAAGCUGCAGGGAGAUACCCAAGCAACUACAAUGCCUGGUCACAUCGUAUUUGGGUAAUGCAGAAUUUGGCAAAAGAGAACAAAAAGGUUUUUCUUGAUGAGUUAUCUUCUAUGAAGUACUGGGUGUCCGUGCACGUUUCAGAUCACAGUGGCUUCCAUUACCGACAGUUUUUCCUCAAAUCUCUAGUUGGAGACCCCAGCCACGUGCUGGACAAAACUGCCUCAGCGCUGCAGUCCACUUCUAAUGAACACUGUGCUAGUCUUCCAAAAGAAGAGGCUUCAGCUGAGAUCCAGAGGACAGUGGUGCCAGACCUGUUUGAUGAAGAACUGGAGCUUUGCACUGAUCUUAUUAAAUCAUACCCUGGCCAUGAAACACUUUGGUGUCACAGGCGGUAUGUUUUCUUCCUGUGGCAUCACUGGAAUAAUAAGCAAGGAGCACCCUUAAACAGGACUGAGCAGCCAUUAGACAACUUAUCGAGUUCUACCACAGGAGGCAAGUCGGCACAGGCCAUGGACGUGGAUGGCAUGAUGGACCCCAACAAGCAGGUCUAUACCCAGGAGACCAAGCGGCUGAAACGGGGCCCUCUGCAGGGCUGCCAAGGCCUGCCAACAGAGCACAUGUUCAUUACUAAAACCCUGACGGACUGCAGGAGUACAGAACAGGCCAGGUUUGCCACUGCAUACCAGAAAUGGCUCGACUCUGUUCUAGGUCAAUAA